AUGAGGUCGCAUACCGGCGGUGAUGCGACGGAAGGAAAUCAGACGAACGUUUCUCUAGAUACGACAGUCGGAGUCAGAAGCACCGGUUCGCAAGCCGGCACACAUGAGUUAACCGGAAGCGUCAAUUUGUUGUCAACCACACAUGACGCAUCGACCACUAACACCGUACCUGCAACCACAGUUGCGGUGAUGAGGUCGCAUACCGGCGGUGAUGCGACGGAAGGAAAUCAGACGAACGUUUCUCUAGAUACGACAGUCGGAGUCAGAAGCACCGGUUCGCAAGCCGGCACACAUGAGUUAACCGGAAGCGUCAAUUUGUUGUCAACCACACAUGGUGAGUCCUUCGCAACAACCGUAGUUAACCCUAGUUAUCAACGCGUAUUUUAUGUCAAAGACAAUUUCCAAUCCAUUGUCUUAUAA